UUUAAAUUAAUUAUCGCUUAAAUGGCCAACAAACAUGAUAUUUUAUUGCUAUUCGAACGUCCCACUGAACCGGUGUUUGUGCCAAAGGGCAGAAACGUUACACUAUUUGAUGUGCCACGUAAAUUUCUAACCGAUCGUUAUCGUUCUCUGGUAGAUGAAAUUGAGAAUAUUUUCGGUGCAUAUGCGGAUAAACGUAUACCUGUGCGAGUUAUUUCAUUGCCUGAACUACACGUACCAUUAUCUUUGGGUAGACGUGGACAGUUUUCCUUGUUUAUACCGCAACACAGACAUAUUGCCGCUAGUUUGAUUGAUAUAUUCAUGAAAUCUCAGACCCUUGAUGAUUUACAAAGUGUGGCAGUGUAUGUUCGUGAUCGCGUAAAUCCCUAUUUGUUUAAUUAUGCCCUCUCGGUGGCUUUGCUACAUCGUGCCGAUACCAAGGGCCUGGACAUACCCUCAUUGGCUCAAGUGUUUCCCAAUAAAUUCGUAGAUGCCGAUGUAUUUCAGCAAAUAAGAGAAGAAGUGUCUGUUGUACCCGAGGGUUCGCGUAUGCCAAUUGUGGUGCCUAACAAUCACACUUUUUCCAAAUUGCAACCGGAACAUAGUCUAUGGUAUUUUCGUGAGGAUUUGGGCAUUAAUUUACAUUACUGGAAUUGGCAUUUAGUGCAUCCCUCUGAGGCUACUGAUGCCAGUAUGGUGAUGAAAGAUCGCAGAGGUGAGCUUUUCCACUACAUGCAUCGACAGAUCCUUGUCCGUUAUAAUGUGGAACGUUUUUGCAAUAAUUUAAAGCGUGUAAAGAGUUUUAAUAAUUUCCGUGCACCCAUUACAAGAGGAUACUUCCCCAAACUGAAUUCAUUAAUGGACGGCCGUUCUUGUCCCGCACGCUGCGAUAAUGCCAGUGUAUCCGAUGUUAAGCGUGUCCAUAAUGAUGUUAAUGUCACGAUUGCUGGUAUGGAAUUGAGCCGCGAUCGCUUAUAUGAAGCUAUCAAACAAGGUUUUGCUGUAAAUGAUAAUGGCAAGCGCAUUUAUCUGGACGAACAAUAUGGUAUUGAUAUUUUAGGCAAUAUGGUGGAGGCUUCUCUAUUAUCGCCCAAUCGUACAUACUAUGAUGGCAUUUAUAAUAUGGCCCAUUUGUUAAUUUCGUUUUGUCACGAUCCCCAAAAUCUUCAUCUAGAGUCGUUUGGUGUCAUGGGAGACCCGACCACUGCUAUGCGUGAUCCAGUAUUUUUCGAAAUUCAUGCCUACAUCGAUGAUAUUUUCGAAGAUCACAAAACGCGAUUGCCAGCCUACAGUCAAGCGCAAUUGGAAUAUGAGGGCAUAAUUAUAAAUAAUGUUCAAGUUGCAGAAGAAGAGGGUAAAGCUAAUAUUUUGUCAACAUUUUGGCAACACUCUGAUGUAGAUUUUUCUCGUGGUAUGGAUUUUAUGCCCCGAGGUAAUUCAUUUGCGCGUUUUACUCAUUUACAGCAUGGCAGCUUCACGUACACCAUCCAAGUCACCAACAAUACAAACUUGCCGCGGUUUGGUAUCGCACGCAUAUUUUUAGCCCCCAAACAUGAUGAGAAGGGACAACCUUUUCAGUUGAAAGAUCAACGCUUGAUUAUGCUGGAAUUGGAUAGAUUUGUGGUAACAAUUAAUCCGGGUGUAAAUACUAUACGUCGUCGUUCCACCGAUUCAAGUGUUACCAUACCGUAUGAACGCACUUUUCAGGACAAAAAUGUAAAUGAUUCUUCUGCAGAUGCCAAAACUGAUAAAUCGGAAUUUAAUUGUUGUGCUUGUGGUUGGCCCCAACACAUGCUAUUACCCAAAGGUUCUCCAGAAGGCAUGCAUUUUCAAUUAUUUGUUAUGAUAUCCAAUUAUGCUGAUGAUCAUGUUGAGCAACAGUUAGAGGGCACUUGUAUUGAUGCUUCGUCCUAUUGCGGUGUACAAGAUCGCCUCUAUCCAGAUCGCCGUGCAAUGGGUUUUCCUUUUGAUCGUUUGCCUCGCAAAGAUGUUGAUCAUUUGGAAAACUUUCUAACACCAAACAUGUUCAUAGCUGAUGUUGUCAUACGUCAUGAGGAUCGCACUGUUUUAAAACCAGUUCAUUAA